AUGUCUACAUUGACUUCGUUGCAAACUAAGCCCAAGUUCUCUGCUGGCUCGGAUGAGCCAGACUUGGCACGAAAGCUCCAGAGCUUGCUGGCAUCUUCAGAUGGAGCAAAUCCAGGGCGCUGGACGCUGAUACCGAGUGGCGAAGGGCUGGAGCGGAGCUUCAAGUUUAAGACAUUUGCCAAGACAUGGGACUUCAUGACAGCAGUAGCACUGCAAUGCAAAAUCAAGAACCAUCAUCCAGAAUGGUCUAAUGUGUACAACACGACCUUCAUCCGCUGGACUACGCACAGCCCCCAGGGUCUCUCAUCGCAGGAUAUCGAGCUCGCCAGCAAAUGUGACAGCCUUGCCAAAGACUUUGGGGAAAUCAACGAGGAGAGCGGUGGUGCCAGCUGCAGCAUUGGGAAGCAAUUAGUUGACACUGUUGCGUCUAAAGCUGGAGACUGCUGUGCGCCCAAACAAAAGAGCAAGGCCUAG